UACAUGGGGAGAAGUCCUUUCUUCAUCCGCCCGUCCUGCGAGGCGGAUAGAAGCCGGAGUCUCAGCGCGAAACAAAAUCCACCUCCAUCCGGCAAGAUGGUGAACUUCACAGUAGACCAGAUCCGUGCGAUCAUGGACAAAAAGUCCAACAUCCGUAACAUGUCUGUGAUUGCACACGUUGAUCAUGGCAAGUCUACCCUCACCGACUCCCUAGUAUCAAAGGCUGGAAUCAUUGCCUCCUCGCGUGCUGGUGAAACCAGAUUCACGGACACGCGCAAGGAUGAACAAGAAAGAUGCAUCACCAUUAAGUCCACUGCUAUCUCCCUAUUUUACGAGCUCAAAGAACAAGAUUUGGCUUUCAUUAAGCAGAGCAAGGAUGGCAGUGGCUUUCUUAUCAACCUGAUUGACUCUCCUGGACAUGUUGACUUCUCCUCUGAAGUGACGGCUGCUCUGCGUGUAACUGAUGGUGCUUUGGUUGUGGUGGACUGUGUUUCUGGGGUUUGUGUUCAGACUGAAACUGUGCUCCGUCAAGCAAUCGCUGAACGUAUCAAGCCUGUGCUGAUGAUGAACAAAAUGGACCGUGCCUUGCUGGAGCUACAGCUUAUCCCUGAGGAGCUUUACCAGACCUUCCAGCGCAUUGUGGAAAAUGUCAAUGUCAUCAUCUCCACCUAUGGUGAAGAUGAGAGUGGUCCCAUGGGUAACAUCAUGGUGGAACCAAUUUGUGGAACAGUUGGUUUUGGUUCUGGUCUUCAUGGAUGGGCCUUCACCCUAAAGCAGUUUGCAGAAAUGUAUGUUGCCAAAUUUUCUGCCAAGGGUGAGGCUGCCCUCUCUCCAGAUGAGCAUGCCAAGAAAGUAGAAGACAUGAUGAAAAAACUGUGGGGUGACAGAUAUUUUGAUCCAGCUGCUGGUAAAUUUAGCAAGACUGCUAACAAUGCUGAUGGCAAGAAGUUGCCUAGAACAUUCUGUCAGCUUAUCUUGGAUCCCAUCUUCAAGGUCUUCGAUGCAAUUAUGAAUUUCAAGAAGGAAGAAACUGAAAAAUUGAUUCAGAAGCUUGACAUUAAGCUGGACACUGAAGAUAAGACCAAAGAGGGGAAACCUCUAUUAAAGGCUGUGAUGCGUCGCUGGUUGCCCGCAGGAGAGGCUCUCCUACAGAUGAUCACCAUUCACCUUCCAUCACCUGUCACUGCACAGAGAUAUCGUUGCGACCUUCUGUAUGAGGGACCUCCUGAUGAUGAGGCUGCCAUGGGUAUCAAGAACUGUGAUGCAAAGGCCCCCCUGAUGAUGUACAUCUCCAAGAUGGUGCCCACAACUGACAAGGGUAGAUUCUAUGCCUUUGGUCGUGUCUUCUCUGGUGUUGUCUCUACUGGUCUGAAGGUCAGAAUCAUGGGACCUAACUACACUCCAGGCAAGAAGGAAGACCUUUACUUGAAGCCAAUCCAAAGAACCAUACUGAUGAUGGGUCGUUAUGUGGAACCUAUUGAGGAUGUGCCUUGUGGAAACAUUGUUGGGCUUGUUGGUGUUGAUCAAUACCUAGUGAAGACUGGUACCAUUACCACUUACGACCAAGCUCACAACUUGAGAGUGAUGAAAUUCAGCGUCAGUCCUGUUGUGCGUGUUGCUGUUGAAGCCAAGAACCCAGCUGAUCUGCCCAAAUUGGUUGAAGGUUUGAAACGUCUUGCCAAGUCUGAUCCAAUGGUGCAGUGUAUCAUUGAAGAAUCUGGUGAACACAUCAUUGCUGGCGCUGGUGAACUUCAUUUAGAAAUCUGCCUAAAAGAUCUUGAAGAAGACCAUGCUUGCAUUCCCAUUAAGAAAUCUGAUCCCGUUGUUUCUUACCGUGAGACAGUUACUGAGGAGUCCCACGUGAUGUGUUUAUCAAAGUCUCCCAACAAGCACAAUCGACUGUAUAUGAAGGCACGGCCAUUAUCUGAGGGCCUACCAGAAGACAUAGAUAAGGGUGAUGUAGCUUCCCGCCAAGAGCUCAAACAGCGAGCCAGGUAUCUUGUUGAGAAAUUUGAAUGGGAUGUCACCGAGGCUCGUAAGAUCUGGUGUUUUGGACCUGAUGGCACUGGUCCAAAUAUGCUGGUUGAUGUGACUAAGGGAGUCCAGUAUCUAAAUGAAAUAAAGGACAGCGUUGUUGCUGGAUUUCAGUGGGCAACCAAAGAGGGUGCACUUUGUGAUGAAAACAUGCGAGGAGUACGAUUUGACAUUCACGAUGUGACCCUACAUGCUGAUGCUAUCCACCGUGGUGGUGGUCAGAUCAUCCCCACUGCCAGGAGGUGUCUGUAUGCCUGUGUACUGACUGCCCAGCCAAGACUCAUGGAGCCUGUCUAUCUGGUUGAGAUUCAGUGUCCUGAGCAGGUGGUCGGUGGUAUCUAUGGUGUACUGAACAGGAAACGUGGUCACGUGUUUGAAGAAUCCCAUGUUGCUGGCACACCCAUGUUUGUUGUUAAGGCCUACCUUCCUGUAAAUGAAUCAUUUGGUUUCACCGCUGACCUGAGAUCCAACACAGGGGGGCAGGCAUUUCCACAAUGUGUCUUUGACCACUGGCAAGUCCUACCUGGUGAUCCAUUUGAUGCCACCACCCGCCCAUUCCAGGUUGUGGCUGAAACACGUAAGCGCAAAGGUUUGAAAGAAGGCAUCCCAGCUCUGGACAACUUCUUGGAUAAAUUGUAAAUUUCAACUACACAUCAUUGAAAAUCUGACCAACACACGCCAUUGGGUGGCUUUUUGAACUAAUUAGUGAAGUUAACAUUGCCAGAUUAGAUAUGGUGGUGUAUUGUAUUGUACUCUUGCAAUAAGAUUCACUUUAAACAAAAAAUGGACAUCAUAAUGGUAUAAAUUAAAAGAAUGUUUACCUCA